AUGUCCAACUCGUCCCCAGACUCUUCCCUGGCCGCCGCCGCCGCGCAAACGCCGCUGCACGAUCCGCCCUCGCCGACGUGUCAUGAUGCCUCGCUGCCGUCACUAGACGGGACGCCUGCCUCGGCCAAUGACUCGUUUGAUUCGGAGCUGGCCAUGGAGAAGCACCCCAAGGGCAAGCGGAAGCGUACCGCUGCCAAGGACAAGAUGGUCCUCGAAGACGCCUACAAGUCCAACCCUAAACCCGACAAGCAGGCGCGUCUCGAUAUUGUGAACCGCGUUUCCCUCAACGAAAAGGAAGUUCAAAUAUGGUUCCAGAACCGCCGCCAAAACGACAGACGAAAGUCGCGUCCGCUCUCACCACAAGAACUGGCCGCGCUCCGAUUCAAUGGCCUGCACGGCGUCCCGACCGAGCCCAUGGCCGUUGCUGCCACCGUCUCCCAUGCCGAGGUCCCGGCCCCCAUGUCCGCCCACGCCCCGGCCGAACCCCAGGCCCUCUCGCCGCCACACGCCUCUCCUCCGCCCGUGCCCACCGCCGUGCAAUUGCUCACAGCAACUCCCAGAGCGUCUGCGCCCGCACAGCCUCCAUUGCCAGAGACGACGCCGCAAAAUCGAGACAUCUCCUCCUCCCAGAGCAGCCAGGACGGGCCGCCAUCCGUGGCGCACUCCUUCUCCAGCUCCGUCGGCUAUCUCGCCAACAGAUGGAACAUUGGCAGCUCAUUUUCCACUCCUGCUGGCCCAAUCCGUGACGCUGAUGAUUCUCCGAGAAUCUAUACCCCAUCCUCUUGCAUCUCCGACACGACGCACAAUGCCAGCCAACGGCAGAGCCAAUCCACCGUCCGACUCUCCUUAUCGUUGGAAGGAAAGGCUGAGCUCGUCGAUAGCGCGUCGUCCCCCACGCGUCCGCCUCCGCAAAAAUACUCGUUGGGGCCGGAAAUCCCCCGUCAGCGCGGUCUGAAGCGAAGCUACAGUGCUCUGCCGACCGUCACGCUGCCGCCCAUUUCCACGCUUACCAGCUUCCUGCCGCCGCGUCUGACGCGCGGCCGCUCGCGCGACGUGCAAGCCUGGCAAUCGUGCGCCGACGCGGAGACGCGCGACGAGUUGACGACGCACGCCGAGCACGAGUCGAGUGGCUCGGCCGUGGCUGCCAUUAGUCUCUUACGCUCCACCAGCGGCGUGCUGCAGCCGAGCAGCUCCAAACGCAACACGCCCGUGUCGACGCCCCGGGAGGGCCACUAUGCCAAAAAGGCCAAGUUCAGCCGCGCCAUUUCGAGCGUCGGCCGUCUGGAGCACACGGGCAAGGAGAAUGACGAGCUGUUUGGCAAGGGCGAGGGAAAAGGAACUUUUAGCAUCCUGGCGUCACCGACCGACUCGGACAAGGAAAACUGGAGCCCCGACGAGGACGGCAACACAGCCGAUGUGGGUUCCCGUCGGCCGCUACCCGCGGCGGCCCUGGCGCCGACCAAACUCAAAAAUACUCGACGCGUGCUUGGCCGUGGUGUGCUGCAGAGUCGCAGUCCGGGGAAGCUUGGCAGCCGCGCCAACACGGCCCCGUCGUCGCGUCCGCGCGGCAUGAAGGACAGCGUGGAUAUUUUCGAGGACGAGGCCACGCGCGUCUCCCGCGACGCUGAUGUCGAAAAGUUUAUGCGCGGCCAGGUGAGCCCCAGCAAGAAGCCCGACAUGGACUGCGUCGCCGGCCUGUUGUCUCUCAGCCAGGGUGCUUGGAGGUAA